AUGAUGGUAGCGUUGCUUCUGUGCGUAGCGGGCAUCGCAUCCGCCGGGAACCUCCUGCAUGGAGGCGCCCCCCUUUCGGUAGCUGCGUACAGCGCCGGGCCCGCGCUGGCAUCGUACGCCGCACCAGCUGUCGCUACCUACGCCGCAGCUCCCGUGGUCACAAAGACGAUCGCUGCCGCUCCAGCUUACGCGACAUACGCAGCCGCGCCUUCGGUCUCUUACCAAACACUAUCCGCUCCUGUUGCCACUUACGCCGCGGCUGCCCCCGUCGUUUCCAGCACUUACGCGGCUGCCGCACCUAUAGUCACUAAGGCGUACGCUGCACCCGCAUACUCCACCUAUACCGGAGGCUCGGCGGUGUCCUACCAAACCGUCACUAGACAGUCAUCCCCGGUGGCGUACGCCGCCUCCACAUACGCCGCCGCAGCGCCAGUUGUUGCUCGCACGUACGCCGCCCCAGCUGUUUCAUAUGCAGCCCCAGCUAUCUCUGCGUACCACGCCGCUCCCGUGGCCUCUUAUGCUGCCGCUCCUCUGGUCACUAAAGCGGUCGCGGCUCCCGCCCUCGCUGCCUAUGCUGCACCGGCUCCCGCCGUUUCUUACACGUCUAUCGCGUCACACGCCGCUCCCGUAGCGUAUGCUUCCGCUCCAUUAGUAACUAAGGCAUACGCUUCCCCGGUUGCCACAUACGCUAGUGCACCAUUGAUUUCCAAGACUAUCGCACCAGCUGUAACCUAUUCGUCGAUUGCCGCUCCCGUGGCCUAUAGUGCUGCGCCUGCGUAUACCGCCGUCAAGUCAUACUACACCGCUGCCGCACCGGUUGCCUACAACCACGGAUGUCAUACUGUCAUCAUAACACGAACAAACAUGUAUACCAAGGUAGUAGUACUUAUGUGCGCUGCGGGCAUCGCCUCCGCCGGCAACUUACUUCACGCUGCUGCUCCCGUGGCGUACAGCGCAGCACCCGCCGUGUCUCACGUGUCGUACUCGACAAGCCCGGUUGCCACCUACGCUGCCCCCGGAUUGACGACCUACAGCGCACCCGUGGUUACCAAGACGCUCGCUCCAUCCGUCUCUUACCAAUCUUACUCCACCCACUCUUCUCCGAUCGCUACCUACGCCGCACCAGUUGUAACUAAAUCUAUUUCUCCGAUUUACUCUUCAGGCCCAGCGGUUUAUCAGACGGUGUCACACGCCUCCCCUCUGUCUUACGCUUCUCCUGCAUACUCAACUUACGCGUCGCCGGCGAUCUCAACUUACCAUUCUCCUAUUGUAGCUAAAACUCUAUCUCCUGCUCUAUCAUACUCUUCAGUAGCUAGUCACUCUGCUCCUUUGAGCUAUGCUGCUGGACCCGCCUACUCCACAUAUUCUGCUGUUCCUGCCAUCAAGGGUGCUGUUACAUACUCUGCUGCGCCUGCUGUAUCUCACGUCUCUUACUCUGGUUUGGGCGCCACCUAUGGUUGGUAAAAAUGUAGUGCUUAAGUUUUGUACAUUGAAAAAAUUGUUUUUAUUUUUGUAUAUAAUGUUAAGAAACAAAAUUGAAAAUAAACAAUUUAA